AUGGAUUCAAGGGCCAGAAUAUUGGUGAAUCUCGCCAUAAGUGACGAAAACCCAUUCAGUAACCCACAACCAAGUACAUCUGGAACCCUAAAACAAACUAUUUUAGAUGAAACAGUAAGUGACUUUUCUAGUGACGAUUCUGUGGCCGAUCCUAACUACUCUCCGGGCAAUCCUAGCUUACUUACACAACAUAAAGAAAUGGAAAUUGCUGUUCCUAAUGCAUCAGUGGAUAUGCAUAUAACGCCAGACAAUGAGACACCUGAAAACAUUGGAGAUAUUUCUUUGCUACAACAAAACCAACCAGUGUCCUGUAGAAAAAAGAAGCAAGAAAACAAAUUUAAAAAAAAUCUUGGCCAAUCUUAUAUGACAGCUUCUGGAAAAACUAUUGGGAAACGUCAAAUGAAAGAAUUACCUAACUGUCGGAAUAAGUGCCGACAUAAAAUAAGUGAUAAACAGCGCGCUUUGAUACACAAGGAGGUUUAG